GCAUUUGUGGCAUUGUGGCAGUGACAGGAGUGCCAUACAAAUUAAUCUAGUCCCCUUUGAAAGGUGUGAGACUAGGGCUGGCGACCAUUUACUGUUUUUUCAGGCUCAAUCUACUCAUCGGCACACGAUGAGUUUACAUCUAAGCCGCCUUUCCCGUGGAAAGCUGACAUCACAUGGUGGUUCAUGUCCUACUGUUGGUCAAUCAUUCUUCCGAGGAUCACCAAACAAGAGACAUGACUUAGCAAAGUCAAGGCGGCAUCAGUUCUCCACAACGACCAGAUGUCAGCAAUCAAAGUCCGCGGAUCCACAGGCGAUCGCAUCUGCGUUCCUGGAAAAGUUCUCUAACGGGCAAAGCUUUGUGCGGCGGCAGUUGUUGGACGCGAACCAGCUACGGCUGUUCUCGUUGACUUUGAACAGAGCGUACCUCUGGCCGUCGUCAGAAGUGUUGCGAGCAAAGACUCUGGAGGAGGUCGAGCCGAAACAAGGAACGCCCGUCCCGGCCGGAUAUCAUCUCGCCUACUUUACGCCGGCGCAGCUGCCGGGAGUUCUUGGUCUGGACGGCACAGACGCUUCUUUCAAUCCGGAAGCGCCAUUUACCAGACGGAUGUGGGCUGGUGGUGAGUGUGAAUGGCCUGGGGCAGGUCCUGUGGCGGGUGGUGGGGCUGGGAGCAAUACGAGGGCGUACUUGAGGGUGGGGGACGUGGCCACUGAAGUUACCAAGGUGUUGAGCUGCGAGGUCAAGAGAAUCAAGAAGACGGGUGAAGACAUGCUGGUGGUGGGGGUGGAGAAGGAGUUCCGCAACGGCAAAGACGAGCUCUGUGUGUUGGACAAGAGGAACUGGGUGUUUCGACCGGCGUUUGAUCCUGCCAAACCGGCACCUCAGGUGGCCAAGCCCGAGGAGUUAUCGAUGGCUGAGCUCGAGCAACAGGCCCAGGGGAAGAUUGUCAGGCAUUACAACCGCGACGAAACGACAUUGUUCCGAUUCUCCGCCCUGACCUUUAACGGCCACCGUAUCCAUUACGACAAACCCUGGGCAAAGCAAGUGGAGGGACAUCGGAACAUUGUGGUACAUGGACCGUUAAACCUUAUCGCCAUGUUGGAUCUCUGGCGUGACGAGACACUCCACCAGGGAGUGGGCAGUGGCAGAGGGGGCGGCGGUGCUGAGGGAGAGGCGGAAGGUUCGCUUGUGUAUCCGAAGAAGGUCGAGUAUCGGGCAACUUCGCCUGUCUAUGCAGGGGAGGGCUACAGGGUGAUGAUGAAUGAUGAUGCAGUGGGAAGCCAAGUUGCAGAGGUUCAAGUCAUUAGCGAUGACGGGACGGUGUGCAUGAAGGGGAAGAUUAGUGAUUGGUAAGAGGAUGAAUUCGGGGUAAUUGGAAGCUCAAGCUCGACGAACGAACGGGGUCUGAGUUGGGGCACUCAAAAUGUAGGAGGUAAUACUGCCAGAGCACCGCCGGUGGUGGACCAAAAUGGGAGCGGAAGAGGUGGGUUUCAGGAUACGAGGGGCGGGAUUGAUUAAGCAUGUGUCAUACAGGACAAUGUAUACAUAGAUAGUGACGGGGUAUGCACAGUCGCCUGUUCCCAGUGGUGAGGUUCGAUCGGGGAUGUAAUCACGAGUCCCCUGGGUAGGUUCUGGCACACUGCUAGUUACCUCGAACAAUGUUGAUUGGGGGGC